AUGAAGUACAUUCUCAUCGCCUCUCUCCUCACCUCCGCGGCUUACGCUGCUCCUUUCGCCCAGGCUGGCAACCAGCAACAGCAGCAAGGCGCGCAGACAGGAAACCAGCAGCAGCAGCAACAGCAGGGUGCCACCAACACCCCUACUGGUCUCGGUGCCGGUAUCCAAAAUGGACAGACUCCCACUGCCAACGACCUCGCCACCGCCGUCUCCAACUGGAUGGCCGACACUUCAAUGGUCUCCAACUUCCUCAACACUGGAGCUAGCAUCCAGAACAACGUCCAGUUCAAGCAGGCUGCUACAGUUGCCUUCAACGCAGAGGUCGAUGAGCUGAACCACAAGGCCAUCAUCGAUGCUGCCAACGGUCAGAUGCCCAACGUUAUUGCGGCCAACAGCACACUCGCUACUGGUGGUUCGUUCCAGGAUGUCGUCGACAAGCUUCAGCAGAUGUCUGUUCAGGGUAUGGCUGCCGCUGGAAACAUCGACUUGAUCAACCAAAACCGCUGUGUCAACGUCCUCCCCAACAUCGAUGCUUACAUGGCUUCUACUGGAUCCACCUCCCAGGCGGUUCGCCCCACCGUCUGCGACCAGACCGGUGUUGCUGGUGGUGUUCAGGGAACUGGCGCUACUCAGCCCGGCGCCCCUGCAGGUAGCCCUGCUGCUGCCUUUGCCGCUGCUCAGGCUCUUGCUCAAGGAACUGGUAAUGGCCUGGUUCAGAACACUGGCGCUGCUGGCUCUCAGGGUACUACCGGACAGCAGACCCCUCAACAAGGUCAACAAACUGGCCAACAGCAGGGUCAGCAGGCUGGUCAGCAGACCCAACAGGGUCAACAGAACGGCCAGCAGACUCAGCAGAACGGCCAGCAGCCAGGCAAUGGCGCCGCUGCCGGACAACAGACUCAAGGCCAGACUCAAAAUGGUGCUAACCAGCAGCAACAGGCUGGCAACGGCGCCGCUGCUGGACAACAAUCUCAGGGACAGAAUGCGGGUCAGGCAUCUGGCCGCAACGGCGGCAACGGAGCCAAGGGCGGCAACAACAACAACAACUAA